AUGGUCGUCAAGACAAAGAUUGGCCAAUCCCAUAUACAAGACCUUGAGGAAAUAUUUGCACAAAUCAGAAAAUAUAGUAUGCGGCUAAACCCCGAGAAGUGUGCCUUUGGUGUGAAAGGCGGAAAAUUCCUCGGAUUUAUUCUAACAAGUCGGGGUAUUGAGGCAAAUCCAGAGAAGUGCCAAGCAAUACUCGAUAUACACAGUCCGAAGACGACGAAAGAAGUUCAAAGGUUAACAGGCAGAUUAGCGGCAUUGUCAAGAUUCUUGCCGUGCUUGGCGUUCAAAUCUUUUAACUUUUUUCAAUGUUUAAAGAAAAGUGCGAAGAGCUUUUCUUGGGAUGACAAAUGUGAAGAAGCAUUUUUGGGUUUGAAACAGUUCCUUUCCAAACCACCUGUUUUGCAGAAACCAAUGCUCGACGACCCAUUAUAUCUAUAUUUGUCUGUUACUGAUAUGACCAUUAGUUCUGUUCUUAUUACAGAAAACAACAAAGACCAGCAGCCAGUCUACUUCGUCAGCAAGUCAUUACAAAAUGCAGAACUUAGAUAUCCAAAACUUGAAAAGCUCGUCCUGGCACUAAUUUUCUCUGCGAGACGACUCCGACCUUAUUUUCAGAGUCAUACAGUCAUUGUCAGAACAGCACACCCACUUCGGCAGAUACUUUCUAAACCUGAAUUAGCAGGACGACUAAUUAAAUGGUCUAUUGAACUCUCCGAGUUCGACAUACAAUUCCAACCUAGGAGAUCUGUUAAAUCGCAAUGUUUAGCCGACUUUGUGGCCGAAUUUACCAGCACUUCAUCCGAGGAAAGAAGUCCGCUCUGGACCUUGUUUGUUGAUGGCGCUUCAAACCCUCAAGGAGCUGGAGCAGGAGUACUGCUAGAAAGCUCGGAUGGUAUAGUUCUCGAAUAUUCUCUCAGAUUUUCAUUCAAAGCCAGCAAUAACCAAGCAGAAUACGAAGCCCUCAUAGCUAGGCUCAGAGAACAAAACCACAGAGUCGAUGUUUUAUCAAAACUAGCAACAACGCAAGCACACACUGCUACACUUUUACAAUCAACUUUAGACAAACUGAGCAUUGAAUCAGCCACCAUUUUGACCACUUUGAGUAAAGAAAGUUGGCAGGAACCUUACAUUCAAUACCUCCGCCAUGGUUCCAUUCCGAAGGAAAUUGGAGACAAGAGUAAAUUCAGAAGACAAGCUUCUUUUUUUACCUUGUUAAAUAACACUCUGUAUAGGCGAGGUUAUUCUCGACCAUUGUUAAAAUGCUUGGAUAGGUCAGAAGCAGAUCUUCUCUUAGCCAAGGCCCACGAAGGGAUCUGUGGCAUACACUGUGGAGCUCGGAGCCUAGCACAGAAGGUUCUCCGAGCAGGUUUUUAUUGGCCGACAAUAUGGGAGGACAGUAGGCGCAAAGUCAGAACCUGCGACAACUGUCAAAAACACUCGCCGAUCAUUAAUAUGCCUGCUGAGCAUCUUCAUCAUUCAGUGGUAAGCUGGCCGUUCAAUCGAUGGGGGAUAGAUAUCCUCGGUCCUUUCCCCACUGCUCCAAGACAGGUGAAAUUUUUAGUAGUUGCAAUAGAUUACUUUUCUAAAUGGAUUGAGGUGCAGCCGCUGGCAAAAAUCACAUCAUCACAAAUGAUAAGUUUUGUUUGGAAACAUAUAAUUUGUAGAUUUAGUAUACCAAGCCACAUCGUAACUGAUAAUGGUCGGCAAUUUGCUAAUAAUACUUUCAAGGAAUUUUUGCAGAAUUUAAAGAUAAAACAACACUUCUCUUCUGUGGAGAAUCCGCAGUCCAACGGCCUGGCAGAGGCCGCUAAUAAGGUCAUCUUGCAAGUAUUAAAGAAGAAGCUCGACAAUGCAAAAGGGUUAUGGGCCGAACUUAUUCCUGAAGUGCUAUGGGCAUAUAACACUACAGUCCAUUCAACGACCAAGGAAACCCCGUUCUGGUCUACGGAUCUGAAGCAAUGA